AUGAAGAUGAAAGCAAGCAAGGUAUCUGAAUUUCUCAGAACCAUAAUUGCUUUAAUAAAAACAAAUAAAAUAUCAACCAAAUAAAUAAAUUAUAUAUAUAAAAAAACAAGCAUCCUCAAUUUAAGCAAAUCUUCUUCUCCACAAACAUACUCUCUCUCCUCUCUCUAACUUUUCCUCUCUCUCUCGGAAAUCUAGGUUUAGGGUUUGCCGUCAAUUUUUCCCCCAAUUUUACAUCGUUUUAUUCUCAAAUUUAGGCUAAAAUUUCAAUUCACCGCUAAAAAAAUUAGAUCUAUACUGAAAUUUCGAUUUGAACACCUGUAAAUAUAAAAUUCGUAGUAUUAAUUUGACUUUUUGUUGAUUCUUCCUUUUUCUUCUUCGUUUUUGUUUUUACUCCAAUUUCAGAAAAGUAGUUGUAUAAUUUUCACAGAUCUGCCUAAUUUGAAUCUUUUCAUUGUAUAUAUAUAUAUAUACCUUUACUAUUCUUUUGUUUCUUAAAUUCGCCGAGAAAGUUCGAAAAAUCUUCGAAUUCGACGAAGAAGAUCGAGGAAUCUUCACAUUUCCCCUCAAAUUUCAAGUUGAAUUAAGUUCUUCGAUCUUCAUCAAUGGCGGUUUCGACAAUUGCGUUGUAUGCGAGUCCACCGAGUAGCGUGUGUUCUACACCACAUCCAUGUUCAAUCAAUUCUCACUCAUCUUCCUACGACUUCGAUCUCAAUGGUAGAUCUCCUUCAACGAGCUCACAAUCAUCAUCGUCAACCUCUCAACGGCCGAUAAUUGGAGGUUUAUCGUGUCUUUUGAAACACUCUUCGUGCUCGGUAAACGAGGAAUUUCAGAAGGUUGGGAUAGAAGAUCAUCAUUAUCAUCAUCAUCAUCAAUACAGUAAUUUGAGCAGCUCAUUGCGGUAUUCGAAUAGCUCGUCGUUGAGCUCUUCGUUGAAACGCGAGCUUCAGAGCCCUGUUUCGGUGUUUCAAGGUCCUGUUUCGGUUUCGAAUAGCUGUAAUAGCGUCGUUUCGGGAUCGUUUUCGGGUUCCGGUUCGUUUCGGAUGAAUAAUACGACGAAUGGACUGUUGAAUGGUUUUGUGAGGAAUUCGUUAGGGUCGUGUUUGGAUCGUGAUGUGGAGGAGCUUACGUUUAAUAUGGAAGAUCAUUAUGUGUUUGGUAAUGGUGUUGAGGAAUUGUUGGCAAGUGCUCAAAUUAGGCACAAGAUCUUCUAUGAGGAUUUUGUGAUCAAGGCGUUUUAUGAGGCUGAAAAGGCUCACAGAGGACAGGUUAGAGCAAGUGGGCAUCCAUACUUGCAGCACUGCGUGGAAACCGCAGUGCUUUUGGCUACCAUUGGAGCGAAUGCGACUGUGGUUGCUGCUGGUUUAUUGCAUGACACCAUUGAUGAUUCUUUUGUUACGUAUGACUAUAUCUUAAGCAACUUUGGAGCUGGGGUGGCUGAUUUGGUUAAUGGGGUGUCAAAACUAAGCCAUUUGAGCAAGCUUGCACGUGAAAAUAAUACAGCGAAUAAAACCAUUGAAGCAGAUCGGCUGCAUACGAUGUUCCUUGCUAUGGCGGAUGCUAGGGCAGUCUUGAUAAAAUUGGCAGAUAGAUUGCACAAUAUGAUGACACUUGACGCAUUGCCCUCUCAUAAGCAGCAGAGAUUUGCAAAGGAAACAUUGGAGAUAUUUGCACCAUUGGCUAACAGACUUGGUAUUUCUACUUGGAAAGAGCAGCUGGAGGACUUGUGUUUCAAGCAUCUAUACCCCCAUCAACAUGAUGACAUGUCUUCCAAGCGUAUGAAGUCAUUUGAUCAAGCAAUGAUCGAAUCAGCAAUCGGGAAACUCGAAGAAGCCCUCAAGGACGAAGAUAUAUCUUAUCAUGAUUUAUCUGGUCGUCACAAAAGCUUAUAUAGCAUCCAUCGCAAAAUGUCAAAGAAGAAGCUGACAAUGGACCAAGUUCAUGAUAUUCAUGGUCUGCGUCUGAUAGUUGAGAAUGAGGAUGACUGUUUUAGAGCACUUAAAGUUGUUCAUCAGUUAUGGUCUGAAGUGCCUGGAAAGUUCAAGGACUAUAUCCAUUGUCCGAAAUGCAACGGAUACAAAUCCCUUCAUACCGUUGUGGUUGGCGAAGGAAUGGUUCCACUUGAAGUUCAAAUUCGGACCAAGGAAAUGCAUCUUCAAGCAGAGUAUGGUUUUGCUGCACACUGGAGAUACAAGGAAGGUGAUUCUCAACAUUCAUCUUUUGUGCUUCAAAUGGUUGAGUGGGCUAGAUGGGUGGUCAAUUGGCAGUGUGAGACAAUGAACAAGGGUUGGUCAUCUAUCGGUUAUGCUGAUUCUCUCAAGCCACCGUGUAAAUUCCCGACUCAUUCUGAAGGAUGCCCUUAUUCCUACAAUACUCUAUCUGAUCAAGAUGGACCUGUAUUUGUUAUCUUAAUGGAGAAUGACAAGAUGUCUGUUCAGGAGUUCCCCAAGAACUCUACCAUGAUGGAUCUGUUAGAAUUGACGGGCCAUGGUAGCCCUCGUUCGACAUCUUACGGUUUCCCGAUGAAGCAAGAGUUGAGGCCUCGUCUGAAUCAGCAUCCGGUGACUGACCCAACUUGCAAGCUGAAGAUGGGAGAUGUCAUUGAGCUUACUCCUGCCAUACCUAACAAGUCGCUGGUUGAAUACAGAGAAGAGAUCCAACGUAUGUAUAAUCGGGGUCUCUCAGCAUCCAAAUCUUCCCCUGCCACCGCAAGUUCUAGUACAGUUGGCUGGAGAAGUUGACAGAAGAAUGCAGAUGUAACUUUAGUAAUAGGAUUACAGUUGAAUAACACAAAUCUGUUGUUGUAAAUAGAUCAUUUGUACAGGGAAAAAGAAACAAUUAUGGUUCUUGUACGUGGGAAUAUAAGAUUGUGGCUAACUGAUUCUGAUUAAUGGCAGUAAUGAAAAGUAAAGUAUUCCCACAGAUGCAAUAUAUUUUUUGUAUUUUAUGCU